CUCCAGGGUUGCGGGACCCCCACGAGCAUCCCUCCCCGUGCGAGGUGGCAAAUGCAACAUGUUCUCCAGCUUGGGGUGUCUCCUUCUCUGUGGAAGUGUUGCACUAGCCCUGGGAAAUGCACAGAAAUUGCCAAAAGGUAAAAGGCCAGACCUCAAAGUCCACAUCAAUACCACAGGUGACUCCGUUUUCUUGAAGUUUCUGCGUCCAAAUCCUAACGUAAAACUAGAAGGUUUUCUCCUGGGAUACGGCAGCAACGUGUCACCAAACCAGUACUUCCCUCUUCCAGCAGAUGGGAAAUACACUGAAGCCUUAGUGGAUGCAGAGCCUAAAUAUCUGAUAGUUGUGCGGCCUGCUCCUCCUCCAAGUCAAAAGAAGUCGUGCUCAGGUAAAUCACGCCCUCGCAAACCUCUCCAGAUGGUGGUUGGCACUCUGACACCAAGCUCAGUCUUCCUGUCCUGGGGUUUCCUCAUUAACCCACAACAUGACUGGACGUUGCCUAGUCACUGUCCCAAUGACAGAUACUAUACAAUUCGCUAUAGAGAAAAGGAUAAGGAAAAGAAAUGGGUUUUUCAACUCUGUCCAGCCACUGAAACAAUUGUGGAAAAUCUAAAGCCCAAUACAGUUUACGAAUUCGGAGUGAAAGACAACGUAGAAGGUGGAAUUUGGAGUAAGAUUUUCAAUCACAAGACUAUUGUUAGAAGUAAAAAUAAAGUAAAUGGAAAAAUCCAAAGUACCUAUGAUCAAGUCCACACAGUGCCAGCAUAUGUCCCGAGGAGGAUAAUCCCAGUAACAAUCAUCAAGCAAGUGAUCCAGAAUAUUACUCACAGGGCUUCAACUAAAUCCCCAGAUAGGACUCCCUUUGGAGGAACAAUACUACUCCACCUUGUUAUUCCAGGUCUUAAUGAAACCACUGUGAAACUUCCUACAUCCCUAAUAUUUGAGAUUUCAGAUGCACUCAAGACACAAUUAGCUACAAAUGAAACCUUGGCAUUACCUGCUGAAUCUAAAACACCGCAGGUGGAAAAAAUCCCAGCACAGCCCAUAACAGUGACUCCUGCAUCAGUGCCCAGAACCACUAAACCCACUGUGUCUAAGGCAUUAGACAUUUCAGAAAUUAUACUGGUUCUCAGUGAAAGGACUCCAGAAACACCUCAAACUGUUUUGAUACCUAGGUUUGAAUUGCCACUGAGCACUCUAGCUCCAAAAAGACUUCCAGAAUUUCCUCAGGCAAAAACACCUUUCCCUUUUGAGAAACCUGGGGGCACCUUGGCUUCAAGUGAAAAGCUGUGGAUUGUGCCUACAAGUAAAACACCUGAAGAUUCCAAAGUUCUUCCACCUCAAACUGCAACUUAUGAUGUUUUCUCAAGACCUGCAACACCAGAUGAGCAUGAAAUAGCAGAGCCCCACACAGCAACAAGUGAUCCAUUUCUGGAUUCUGUCCCACCUAAAACUUCUAGAGCUCUCGAACAGCCAAGGGCAACACUGGCUCCAAGUGAAACACCGUCUGUUCCUCAAAAACUGGAAACCUUUGCCAGUCUUGAAAUGCAACCUACAACACCUGCUCUCCUGAAAACUACAUCUAUCCCUUCUACUCCUAAGCGACGCCUCAGGCCCAAAGCACCAAGAACUAAACCUGAAGGAACCACAAGUCCUGGAACAAUUACAUCUAAAAUUUCUAUAAUCUCUGAACCUACAUGGACAACACUGGCUCCCAGUAAAACACCGUUUAUUUCUUUGAAACCUAAAAUCCCUUUCAGCCCAGAAAUGACACACACCAAGCCUGCAACACCAAAGACCAAACGACCAGGUCGUCGCCCCCGCCCUAAAGCCACACGUAGGCCAGAUGUGCCCAAGUCCAAACCUGCUGUAGAACCUGCUACAAUGCAGCCGGAGCUCUUGGUGCCCACAGUCGCGUCAAAACCAUCCAAGAGACCUAAAACCACACGUAGACCAGCUGUACCUCAAAUCCAGCCUGAUUCAAUACCACCAAAGCAAUUACUUCCUAAACCCAAAAGCACAGCAAAACCAGAUAUGCCACCAACUACAUCCGUCUUUGAGCCUAUUACAUUUGGGACUGAAACUCCCUCCCUAACCAUAGUUUUGGCCACAGACGAACCUGUAACUCCAAGAACUGAGGCUCCCUGGACAACAUUAGCUCCAAAAUCACCACAACGAACAAGACCACGCCGUCCACGUCCCAAACAUAAAACCACGCCGAGCCCAGAGGCCCCUCAGACCAAAAUAGACUUUACACCUGUUACUCCUGGAACAUCUCUAGCUCCAAAAAAACCAACAAAGAGACCCCGUCGUCCACGUCCCAAACCUAAAACCACACCCCAUCCAGAAGUACCUCAGAUCAAACUGGUUCCUGCCACAAUCUUUGAACCAGUUACUCUUAGAACCGAGGCUCCAGGAACAACACUAGCUCCCAAAGUGCCUCAACGACCUCGUCGUCCACGUCCCAAACCUAAAACCACACCACGCCCUGAAGCACCUCAAACAGAACUGGUUCCUGUUACAGACCGCGAACCCAUCACUCUUAGAACUGAGACCUUUGGGACAACAUUAGCCACCAAAACAUCACAAAGACCCCGUCGUCCCCGUCCCAGACCUAAAACCACACGGAGACCUCAAGUACCUCCCAGCAAACCGGUUCCUGCUACAAUCCUUGAACCUGUAACUGUUAAACCCAAGGCCCUGGGAACAACAUUAGUUCUUACUCCAGACCUUGAAACUGUUACGUUCAGAACUGAGACUUGGGUGACAACACAAGCUCCUAAAACAUCAAAACGGACUCGUCGUCCACGUCCCAAACCUAAAACCACACCAACUCCUGAGGCACCUCAAACCAGACUUGUUCCUUCUAAAGAUCUUGAACCUGGCAUUCUUAGAACUGAAGCUCCAGAAAUCGUAGUUCAUCCUGCAGUCCUUGAACCUGUUACUCUUAGAACCAAGGCUCCAGAAACAACAUUAGCUCCCACUGAAUUGCAAACUCUUAUUUUGGAACCAGUGACAUCACCAAGCCUAGAAAUGACACAAAGUCAACCUGUUGUGGAAUCUAUUACCCCUGUGUCUGAACCACCUGAGAGCACACUAGCUCCCAAGCAGAUACUGCGUACUCCUCCCAAACCAAAAACACCUCCACGUCCAAGAAUCCCAGAAACACAGCCAGCUCCAAAGGUGCCCCAGCGUGUUACUCCAAGGCCAAAAACAUUCCCAAGUCCAGAAGUGUCAUAUACUCUACCUGUUCCAAAAGAUGUGCUCCUUCCCCAUAAACCAGACCCUGAAGUCUCUGAAAGUGAAUCUGUUCUACAACCAGUUACCUUUAGAAUCCAUCCACCAGAGACAACAAUAGCUCCAUUAGAAACACGAGGCAGUCCUUUCAUACCUAUGAUUUCACCAAGUCCUAGUCGAGAGGAACUACAAACGCUGGCAGAAACAGAUCAAUCCACCCAAGAACUUGUCACAACUAAGAUUCCACAAUCAACUGAAUUGGCAAAGACAACUCGGGCACCACACAGAUUGUACACUAGUCCUGUGAGGCCCAGACUACCGGACAGACCACACAUCAGACCUGGGCUUAAGCAAACACCAAAGCCACCAGGUGCUGUGUCAGUGGACUCGACCCAUGUAACAAAAAAACCAGCCACAGUCCCAGGUACUCGUCGCCCGCCUUUGCCACCCAGACUCUCGCCCCCACGAAGGAAACCUUUACCACCAAAUAAUGUCACCGGCAAGCCAGGGAGUGCAGGAAUCGUUCCAUCAGGCCGAGCGACUUCCCCUCCUUUGAGGGCAAUGCUCAGACCGACCGAAGCCCCCUCGGAGAGAAUAGAGACAGAUAAGAAGCAACCAACGGUUCCUGCCUCGGGAGAAGACCUUGGUAAUACAACUGACUUUAGCUCAAGUCCAACAAGGGAAACUGAUCCUCUUGGGAAGCCCAGAUUCAAAGGUCCUCAUGUGCGAUACAUUCCAAAGCCUGACAACAGGCCCUGCUCCAUCACCGACUCUGUCAAACGUUUCCCCAAAGAAGAAGCCACAGAGGGGAAUGCCACCAGUCCACCGCAGAACCCACCUACCAACCUCACUGUGGUCACUGUGGAAGGGUGCCCCUCAUUUGUCAUCUUGGACUGGGAUAAGCCACUAAAUGACACUGUCACUGAAUAUGAAGUUAUAUCCAGAGAAAAUGGGUCAUUCAGUGGGAAGAACAAGUCCAUUCAUACAAAUCAAACCUUCUCCACAGUAGAAAAUCUAAAACCAGACACAAGCUAUGAAUUUCAGGUAAAAUCCAAAAACCCACUUGGAGAAGGCCCAGCCAGCAACACAGUGGCAUUCAGUACUGAAUCAGCGGACCCAAGAGUGAGCGAGCCAAUUUAUGCAGGAAGAGAUGCCAUAUGGACUGAAAGACCCUUUAAUUCAGACUCUUACUCGGAAUGUAAGGGCAAACAGUAUGUCAAAAGGACGUGGUAUAAAAAGUUUGUAGGGGUGCAACUAUGCAACUCUCUCAGAUACAAGAUUUAUCUGAGUGACUCCCUCACAGGAAAAUUUUAUAACAUAGGCGAUCAGAGAGGCCAUGGGGAAGAUCACUGCCAGUUUGUGGACUCAUUUUUAGAUGGGCGCACAGGACAGCAACUUACUUCUGACCAGUUACCCACCAAAGAAGGCUAUUUCAGAGCAGUUCGCCAGGAGCCUGUACAAUUUGGAGAAAUAGGUGGUCAUACCCAAAUCAAUUAUGUCCAGUGGUAUGAAUGUGGGACCACAAUUCCUGGAAAAUGGUAGAAGCUCAGAUCUACCUUCUGUUUCAACAUGGAAAAAAAAUAAUUGGAAACACUAUUUGUCACGUUCAUUUAAGCUGUUAUGUUUACUAUGUAUAAAAGUUUAAAAUCUAAUAGCAAUAUUAGAUGUUUAUUAGAAAGAUUGCUGAGAAUAUUUAUCAGGUUCUACAAAGUCAUUUUAAGAAAGCAAGAUAUUGACAUUAACAGAGUUAACAUUUUUGGGGAAGCUGGCUCCCUAUUCAUGGUAUUUUAAGAGAUCAUUUGUAUAUUAUUUAUCAUACUGUUGUAAUGAUGUUUUGAGAUACUUUUAUAACAAAAUUAACAACAAAAAAACUAAUAUACUUUUUUAAAAAUUUACUUUUAUUGUGUAUUCUUCUUACUGGUGAGUUAAUUCCAUAAAUCUCUCCCUGGUUUAACUUAUUAGAUCAAAUUAUCUUCAGCAUACAUAUCCGGGGGGUGGUGGGUAAAGGCCCUAACAUUCACAUUUAUUUAAACUUGUUUUUAGCGAAAUAUUUUAUUUGAAUCAGUACAUUUCAUUCAGCUGAAAACAGAACUGAUGUAUUCAGUUUCAAAAUACAUAUUUUGUUCUUUGUCUACCCAUGAAUGUGUUACAAGGUCUGAAUGUACUUUGUCAAACUAUCCCUUUAAGCAAUUGUCUUUAUAUUGUUUUUAAUAUAAUUCUAAUCAAGCUGUAUGCAGAGACUGAAUAUGAAGUCUGAGCACAAAAAUAAUGCAUGAUGAGAUCCUUUCCAUUUUACAGGAUAGUUACUCUUCUCUCUUUCAAGCCUUCUAGGAAUGAAUGUAUCAGAGGAUGUUUUCAUAAUUCUCAGUCUGUAAUGAAAAUCAGACUCACUUAAGAAGGUAUUAUUUUCCUUCAUUUGGGAGAUAGGAAUGCUGGCAUUGUUGCCCUCAUUCUGGAAGGAUCUUUCCUGUUCUUAACUGUCAACAUGCUUCAAGUUUAUCAAUGCUACAUUUUGUAUUUUUCAAAUAUAGAAACUCUGCAAUAAAGAGAUAUAGUUUUUUUUUUUAAAA